GAAGAAUCUCAUCGUAAGCGGUUCUACAACAUUUUCUUCUCCUACACAAAUCUGCAAACAUGUUCAAAUACUUAAUCCUGUUUGCCUUCGUUGGCUUAGCCUGGUCUGCCCCAGCACCUGCACCUAAACCAGAACCAGCACCAGCACCGUCUCCACUUUCAGUGAUAUCAGAAAUCAAAACACCAGCAUCCACCGCUAAACUGACACCCCUUAUCACACCCAUCGCUUCGCCUUUGAUUCCUCGUUUUGCUUUUUUACCCCAAUUAACACCAUACACUUAUACUUAUGCAGCACCUGUUGAAAUAGCCGCUGUACCAUCCAGUUAUUCGAUCGAACAACACGGAUUUGAAUGGGACGGGUUGUUACGUAAUAUUGACUUAACGUAA